ACCAUGGUUCUGUCCCAACCACAAGGUCCCUGGAACAACACCAUGGGUCUGUCCCAACCACAAGGUCCCUGGAACAACACCAUGGGUCUGUCCCAGCCACAAAGGUCCCUAGAGCAACACCAUGGGUCUGUCCCAACCACAAGGUUUCUGGAGCAACACCAUGGGUCUGUCCCAACCACAAGGUCCCUGGAGCAACACCCUGGGUCUGUCCCAACCACAAGGUUCCUGGAGCAACACCCUGGGUCUGUCCCAACCACAAGGUCCCUGGAGCAACACCCUGGGUCUGUCCCAACCACAAGGUCCCUGGAACAACACCAUGGGUCUGUCCCAACCACAAGGUCCCUGGAACAACACCAUGGGUCUGUCCCAACCACAAGGUCCCUGGAGCAACACCCUGGGUCUGACUUUACAAGGUCCCUGGAGCAACACCCUGGGUCUUACUUUUACAAGGUCCCUGGAACAACACCAUGGUUUGCAAGUCUCCAUUACAUCACCCUUACAGCCAUGGCUGCAGAUGAGAACCUGCAGCAACUUCAAGCCUGA